GGCUCUUCUCACAGCAUACAGUUGCAGAGGGUGGUAAAGUGAGAUAGAAAAGAAAAGAAAAAAAAUAGAGAAAUGGAGAAUUUUCCCGUUGUUGACAUGAAGAACCUUAACAAUGAAGAGAGAGGAACAACCAUGGAGAAGAUAAAAGAUGCGUGCGAGAACUGGGGUUUCUUUGAGGUGGUGAAUCAUGGAAUAUCGAUAGAGUUGAUGGACAGAGUGGAGAGGCUGACGAAAGAGCACUACAAAAGGUGUAUGGAGGAAAGGUUCAAGGAAACGGUGGCAAGCAAAGGAUUUGAAUGUGCUGAGUCUGAAAUCAAUGACUUGGACUGGGAAAGCACCUUCUUUUUGCGCCAUCUUCCUGUCUCUGACAUUUCAGACAUUCCUGAUCUCGCCCAAGAUCACAGGAAGGUGAUGAAGGAUUUUGCUGUGGAACUGGAGAAACUGGCCGAGCUAAUUCUGGAGUUGGUGUGUGAGAAUCUUGGGCUGGAGAAAGGGUAUCUGAAGAAGGUGUUUUAUGGGUCAAAGGGUCCUAAUUUUGGGACCAAAGUCAGCAACUACCCUCCUUGUCCGAAGCCAGAGCUGAUAAAGGGUCUGAGAGCUCACACAGAUGCUGGUGGCAUCAUUCUACUAUUCCAAGAUCACAAGGUCAGUGGAUUGCAGCUCUUGAAAGACGGCCACUGGAUUGAUGUUCCCCCAAUGCGCCACUCCAUUGUCAUCAACCUUGGCGACCAACUUGAGGUUAUUACGAAUGGAAAAUACAAGAGUGUGAUGCAUCGUGUGAUUACACAAACCGAUGGGAACAGAAUGUCCAUAGCGUCGUUUUACAAUCCAGGGAAUGAUGCAGUGAUAGCUCCGGCGGAAGCGUUGGUGAAGGAAGACGAGAGUAGCAAAGUUUAUCCCAAGUUUGUUUUUGAUGAUUACAUGAAGCUCUACGCUGGCCUUAAAUUCCAGGCCAAAGAGCCCAGAUUUGAAGCUAUGAAGGGAGUGUGCCUCGUUAUGCAUGUGUAG